AUGGCACAAUUAUUGCGUACUGCAUCCUUGUGUAAUGAGAAUAAGUUCAAGCCUUUGGAGUCCGGAGACCUUCCACGCUGCACUGUAUUGAGAACUGGCUUUGUACACUCCGAAAGAGAAGUUUGCUGGACCUGCAGCAACCCAAUGUUGCCGAAUCGGGACCCGAUGUCUCCCUUGCUAAAGUCCUUGGGCUUGGCGAAGAUCAGUUCGAUCGAAUCUCCCAUGGCUGGCGACUCUGCUGAGGUUCCCUACCGCCAACUGGACAUCUCUGGGAACCAUUAUACGGGCAAUGCUCUGAAAGCACUACGACUCAGUGUAGAGCGAUCGGUACCGUCGAAGACGGUACCUCUGGUGGAGGACCCAAACCUCGACCCUUUCUAUCUGGAACGAGCAUUAGAAGGCCCGAAGCAGUGGGAUACUCGUAUUGACGACGAGUCAGACGUCGAUUUGGACGACCUCGAGAAUGAGUAUUUCAUGUCUUACAUGACUGAAGAAUCACACCCACCAACAGUUCAGUGUCACGCCAUUCAGUAUCAACAGCCACAAUCCUCUCCUAAACCCGCCUGUCCAACGACACCGGACUGGCAACGAACACACCAUAAUCACAGUCAAAGUUCUUGCAGCUCAAUUCAGACUGAUGCUACAGGGGUCACUCCCGAUCUCACACCGAGUAGUUCAUUCUCUUCAACAUAUUCGGACUCUGAUUAUUCUGGUGCAGUGAAAAAGCCAACACAUCAGGAGUUCUCCCAUUGUCAUCGCGCUUUCCGCGAUCGAUCACACAACACCGCACGAUUCUAUCUGCCGGCCGCAACUCCAGACAACCAGUCAAGGGCGUGCACGCGGCCGAAUACCCCUAUCGAACGAUCCGCAGUUGCCGCUCUUGCAGAAUAUCACAAUCCAUCAUCUGAAACACUUACCAUGGUUCCAAAAGAGCCUGCAGCAGUUGCAGCAUCUUCCCUACGUUCCAAACCAUUGCCCAGUCUGCCACCUAUUCUCAAAAAUGCCGGACCCGUCCCUCCCGCAAAAAAGGGUCAUAAUGGUGGAUCAAAAAGCCAGAUCGAUCCAUCACUCAUCUCACCGCCGAGUCUGGUGAACCCUGUCACAAAGGAACCCCACAUGUCUCCAUUCAACCACGCUCUUUUUAUCCCUGCCCAUGAUUGUCCCAGUCCGGCACCGAACCCCACGUCCAUUCCUCCAAUGAUUGCACGACAAAGCACCAAUGCAUCGACCAAGGGUCGACCCUCGACUUCGACAUCAGUAGCUUACGGAGAACAGUCGGUCUGGGAAUCGGAUUCGGAAUCUGGGUCGAUUAGUGGUAAAUCACAAUCACGGUGUGGGCCCAUCGACACGCUUCGGAAGGUCCGAAGCCGAGUGCAGCUGCGUCGUAUCGCCAAAUCGGAUGCCAAGUUGUAUGCGGAUAUCAAUAAUAAUAAUGCCAAUAGGACUACUAUUACGACCACGACUAAGAGUGCCGGUAGUACAACGACAACUACCCGUACAACUACAGUUGCUACUCCUUGCCAUGGGGCAUUAUGGGCGAUCUCCCCGCUAGACGCGGGCCAGCCCGAACCCGGAGCACGCCUUAACACCCGCGCGGCCUUUAGUGUCACGUCCAUCCCUGACGAUUUGCUGCCACCACCUCCACCGCUAAAACAAACAUUACGCCUGGUGGCCCCUUCAACCACAUCGCUGUCGCGACUGCAGUCGUCACGACGCAGCAGCGAGAAAUUGUCCGGAGAUAUUGAUUCUUCGACAGCUGCUGCUAUUCAAGCGCAAUCCCGGCGACGGCAGCGGUCUAAUGCCACGGAUGAAUACUUGCCAUUUCCCAAAAUGGAGACACUGCACCAUCAUUAUUACUGUAAUAGUCAUGUGUUACCAUCUCCGGAAUCCGUAUCGUCCAACACCGCUUCGAUAGAUCAGCCAACUGUAUUCAAGAGGAUAUGGGGUUCACUCCGAUCUCUGGAUUGUCGCAGUGGUUGA